UCGUUUUACUCGCUCAAAAACAGACGAAAAACAUUAAAUUUCAAACCGAGUUUUCUCAAUACUAGGAAAAUUUUUGGGAAUUUUUAAAAGUUUCUCGAAUCACGACUGAAAGAGUUUCAAUAUGAUAUAUAACUCAACCCAGUCCAAUAAUUCUUUGUGGUACCUGAUAUUGCGUGGAAAACAAAUAAAACACCCGAAUACCGUUCAGAUUAAUAACAUACAGGCAACCAACGGUCGGAACAAUAUCAUACAGGCACAAAAUAUCUUAAAUUGAGAGCUCGAGGCGUAGAUGUCCGCUAAAAAUCAUAACUUCGAUUAUCGAAAUUGGUCUGAAGAAUGACCUAACUGAGCUGAAUUAUUUCAUCAUGUGUUCAAAUUAUAAAUACAAAAGCAUAAAAAGUAGAUUGAAUGUUACGCCAAUUUCAAUGUCUGUUCAAAGUCCUAAAACUUAACGGAGUUUCAAAAGCAAUAAAUUGCCAUCCGAGUUUCUUUUCGGUACAACACCCGUUUCAUAAAAAGUUCUCUCAGUGUUGAGAAAGUUAAUUCGUUUUUCAAAUUAAAUUAUUCGAAAUAAUUCGACCUCAGAUAAUUCGUUUUAACUAAAUAAUUCGUUUUUCAGAUUAAAUUAUACAAAUUAAUUCGACGAAAUUAUACGACCUCCCAACAUUAAUUCUACUAGAACUUAAACGCUAUAUUUCAAGUUCAUUUAAUUAUAGUAACCCCUCUUUCUGCAUUUUUCACCUUAAUCAAUCGCCCUUUGUAGAAAAAAACAACAGGAAGUAACAACAAAAAACUGCAAAACUAAAAUUUAUACUUCUCGAUUUUUAACUUUUUUUCCAAAUCAAUUUCGACGGAAAAUAGUGUGAUACUCGCACAGCACGGAUAUCAUUGCUAUUUUCUGACUUUAGAAGAAAGCGAGGAAUAUAUGCUUGGUGUUUUUAUUCAGUCCAAUUUUACAAAACUUGACUGCGUAUAAGUAUCGACCCGGGAAUUUUUGGGUUAGCAAUGCAAGUAUGCUUGCCACUAGCCUAAAUGCGAUUGGAAGUGCUCAAUUUUUAUUUAAGUUCAACGCGAAUCAUCCCGCACUCAACAUUGUUCCUAUUGGCAGUCCAAAAUUUGUAAUUCAUCAUUUUUUAUUUAAAAUUAUUCGAGACCAGCUAGCUAAGGGACAGUCUAAACGUUCAGGGCAUUGCCCUGAUAUACGAGCAGUCUUGUUCUAUGAUUAUAAUGGAGUAAUUUUGUUUUGAUAAUCGGUCAACAUAAAAUUGAUCAAACGCGAGAAUAUCAAACAGUUUUUUUCUUCAGAAGUAUAAAUAACAUUUCAAAAGGGCGUUGCAAACAAAGAAAUGCGAUAAUUUUCGAUCGCUACGGAGAAGGCUUAUUUAUUUCAGAGAUAUCUCGGACCACUUGGAAAUCUGAUUAAAUUAAUUAAUUCCUCCUUCUUGAAAAAAUAUAGUAAUUACCAGUAUCAUGCUUUACCGUUGGGAUUGAAAUAAAAAAGAGUUAGGUUUCCUACACAAACAAACAUAUUCACUUGAUUUCGUUAUGUUUACGCCAGAGCCACUUAUGUAAACAAACGUUGUCGUAAAACACCCCGAGGAGCCAUGCAAUUAGAUCCCACAAAAAUGCAGCACAUGCUAAACUGAAUUUGGUGAGAAGUGUUGAACAGAAUUUACACCAGCCCCCAGAUAAAAGGCAAACAGAUUAGAAGGGAAAAUUCACUUUUCAUACAGUAGAAAUUCUCAUUUACAGAAAACACCAUUUGCGAAUUCGCCCCAAUCGUAAAAAAAUUUUUCCUGAUAAGAUUUAAUCUGGAUUGACGCUUAUGCAUCAAUUGCUGAAUUUUCGUUUCAUGCUAUUCAAACAGCUAAAUUGGUCUAGAUCUUGUUUACGCCAUAACUAUUUCAUCCAAUUCGCUACUUCUUGUUGGCUUUGAUGACUGAACAUUCUUAACAUAGAUAUUAUUAUUAUUAUUAUUUUCAGACCAACACCGCCAUUCAGACAAAGAUACAGAAAUAAUUGAACCUGUUUUGUCUUCAAAAACAAUCUCUAUAAAUCAUUACUUCAAAGAAAGAAAGCUUAAGCUUUCCACAGAAUAAAAAAUAACGAUUCACUUCCUAUUACAGUCACGUGUUACCUAUAAAGGUUUAAAAAAAGAAACAAUUUUGCUCGUUAUAUAUAAAAAGAAUUAGAAUUAUUUAUUUUUCGGGAAAAACUUUGAAAGGGUCAAUUAUCCCUUGUUGGAUUAAUCACUUGAUUCAGUCGUUUCGUUGACAUUAGAGACUUCAUCCAGCCGUCAACUAGUAACAAAAAGAAGGAAUUCCGACUGACUUAUCCAUAAACAUCAUUAUACAAGAACAUCUUUACUUUUAUCAUUGCGAUCUGGAAAGAAAAUUAAAGAAUUACACGGGAUAAUAUGAAAAAAAGCAAGACAGGAAAAGACAAAAUACCCAAAACUGUUUCCCUCAAUGACAUGAAAAAUGCAACUGCUGUCUUGUCUUCCGGCGCUGCAAAGGAGUUUUGCCGUAUCUUGACUUGCAGUGAGUUCGCGGUGAAUGACGAAGAUGGGGAGGACCCGCCAUCUGAGUCAGUGUUGGUAUCCAUCGCCGGAGAAGCAGCACAGGAGCUGGGAAAACUGGUUACUUGCAGUUCGUUUUCUACCAAUGAUGACAGUUACGAAUCUUCAGACGAGAACGAACCAUCGUCUAUCGACGAGAUCAAAGGUUCAAUUGAGGUCAAGGAUACAGAGGUGUUGGGAAAUGAAAUAGCGGACAAAUAUGUGGCCACGCCCCCUUUGAAGAUCAAAAACUUCCAGACAGCUGCUAUGGUUCUAACCAAGGGUUGCUCACAGGAAAUCAGAAGACUCGUGUCAUGUUCCCAGUUUCCAACGACAGAGGACGAAGAAUCAGACAUCUCCGACGAGAUCGUCCUAAUUGGUCCGCCUAAGCCGGUCAUUAUCAGAGCCAGUGCCGUGAUAGAUCCGGUCUAUCCCGCACGCGAGGACAGUUCCAGCUCUGAGUAUGAUACUCAAAGCGAACACAUGGUCAGUCGGAGGACAUCUUCGAAUCCGCCGACCAAAAAAAUGACAACGCAAAUCUCAGAGAAGAUAAAACUAAAUCCUGAAAACACUGAGCGACGUGCUUCGAUUGUGGUAACCGAACAUAAUACAACCGAGGUCGAAGUACACAAAGAGGCUAUAGGUCCGAAUCCAAAUUGCGAUUCGAGUGCCUCGUUUGAAAAGACAGACAGAACAACUCAGACUACUCCUAAACAAGACAAACGUCAGAACCUGAAGCCUGUGAUGCGAUACGAGCCGGCCAGGAGGUCUUUUAAGAAGAUGCAAGACAUGAAAAUGGAUGAACCCAAACAAGAGUGUAUUUUGCCCUUGUCGGCAGAGCAUGGACAAAACUUGGAUCCUCCAAUUUGGACUGUAAGAUCACCCGAGAUCAGUGAAGAUAGCAGCAGUGGCAUCUAUGAGGAAGUGGCCGAAGAAGACUCACUAUCUGUAAUGAAAACGAGAAAGGGUCUAAUUAAGAAGAGAGAGCAGCAGUACAACAGUAGGACUAACGAGCAACUGAGAGACGCCAAAAUGGAACUGAAGAACACCGAAAAUCAAAAUCAGAAGAGAAAAGAAGUGUCGGUUGGGGACCUGCUGAGUAUUGUGAAUGGGAUGUUGGGGGAGGUGAGUGGUAGUCUGGAUAGACUCAACAGGUGUGUGGAGCGAAGUGCCAGCAUGCACACCACACCCAUACAGAGUCCAGUGCCGAUGCGUAGGAAGUACAGACUGCUCCAGAAGUACACUAGAGAGUAUCCGGAUUUGGGAGGGGGAGGAGUUGGGGACAAAAUGGGAAUUGAGGGACAAGGAAAGGCUGCCUAUAGAGACAUGGAAGAGAACUGCACUUCGUCACUUCCACGAAACUUCUACAUUAGACUGAAAGAGAAAGAAAUCAACGACUGCUCUUCAAUCUUCAGUCAACGUGACACUUCUGAAAGUGAGGAAAAAUCCUCAAUUCGCUCUUGCGGAAACAGCGAUUCAAAUGACAACGAUGACAAACUUCGCGUCAUGUUACUCAAACGACGAAUGCACGAAAAAUAUCCUCACUGUUUUCCUUCGGGUAGCGUCACUUCAAAAGCUACCGAUUUUGAAACUCCUCAAAAUGGUCGACCUGUGAUGACUAAUUAUGAUUACCGGAACUUCAAAAGAGACAGAGAGAUAUGUUUGGCCAAUAUGCACAUCGUAACUUACGAUAGCAAUGACGUCACGACCGAAUCAGAAGAAGCGGUGUCUAAUAUGAGUCAGGAAGAAUAUUACUCGAGGUACAUAAUAGCCCCACGAAGCGUUCAAUGUUUCACUGGCACCGGAAAACGGCUGAGCCAACAUAAUACUCAUUCUCCUAAUGACGACAGUGCCAGUAAUUUCUACGAAGUUAUAGAAUGAAAAUAGUAGUUGAAAGCUCGAAAAAUGUAACUGUUUGAAAUUCACUUAGAUGGUGCUAUGUAAUGCUUAUAAUUAUUCAUAUUUUUCAAUCUUUGAUCACUUUCACUCCCUUUAAAUCAAUUUGAACAAUCAAGUUUUUUUAGUUAAGGAGUAUUCAAUAAAAAAUUGGUCAGCAAAUAUCCAAAACUCUGUUUUCGUAAAAGCGUGUUUCAGCUGUUUCAAUGACAACAGCGAUAAUCUGCACAUAAUUCUAUAUUGAUAUUUUUGAAGAAAUACAGAGCAAA